AUGCUCCCUAGAGAAACCUCUCCGUAGGAAAAAUCAUCUGCAAAAUAAUUAGAAUUAAAAAGAUAAAAGAGCUCUCGAUUUACAAUCUCGAAUCAAAUGAUGAAACGGAGUCCAACAAGGUUUCUAAAAGAAAUGAAGAGUCUCAAAAAAUAUGUAAAAUAAAAUACAUUGAAAAGUUUAAAAAAAUUUCAACCAUUUGAAAAUAAUGAUUAAAAUUCAUCAGAUUCUAGUGAGUAUAAUAAUGUAGAUGAAAAACUUAAUCAUUCAGAAAAAAAAAUAUCAAUUCCUAAUUUGAGUUUCAAAGAAACCUUUUUUAUAUCAAUGGCAUAACAAGAAUAAUUGACAAAUAAUUCUUCAGGUUAAAAUUGUUCUAAUAUUACUAAUAAGCAUAUGCUCAAGAAUUUAUAAAAAUGUUUUGGUGAUUCAAGUUCAAUUUGUGAAAUUAAUUCUCAAGAUCAAUUAUUAGAUAAAAGAUAAGAUAAUUUCCAUUUUCAAGAUUAAAUAGAAGAAUCAGAAAUAUAAUAAAUUGAAAAGGUAGAAUAUUAUGUUGAAGAUCUUGAUCCAAGGAUUUUGAAGAAGUAUUAAAAACAUAAAGAACUUAAUCCAUUUGAAGAUCCUUAUUAUGUAGUAUUGACUCCUUUACAUGGUUUAAAUAGAUUAAAACAUGAAUUAAAAGUAAUUUAAUUGUUUAACUUUUUAGAACUAUAAUGAUCAUCUGAAAUUUUUGAAAUUAAGAAAAUUUAUUGUUUAUUCUUGUUUAUGUAUACCUAUGUAUUUCUAGAAGAUAGUAGAUAGUUAAUUAUUCAAAUUUAUUAAUGGUAUUUGUAUUAUUUGUAAUCUAAUUUUAUUUACUUUAAAUAAUUCAAAUCCUCCAAUUACAAAUGAAAAAUAUAACUAAUUUAUUUUUUAUUGUUUUACAAUUGAAAUUUUCAUAAGAAUUUUAGCUGCAGGAGGUAUCUAUCCUACAAUACAUUUUUUAUACAAUAAAGAAGAUAUUUUUAAUCUAUCAUGCACAAUAAUCAGCUUUUUACAUUACUUUUAUCCUAAAUAAAUCCCAUUUGACCCUACUCCACUUAGAAUAAUAACAAUUUUAUUAUAUUUAGGAGAUGGUUUAUUAAGAUUGAAAUAUAUGCUAAUAGCUUUAAAAAAAUCAUUAGUAUUUUUAGCUGAAGCUUUGUUUAUUCUACUAAUAUCUGCUUUAUUCUUUUCUAUUAUUGGAGUAUCAUUAUUCUAGGGAUUAUUUAAUUAUAGAUGUCAACCUAUAGAUGGAAACCCAAUUGAUAAUUGGAUUUAAUGUUAUUAAAACAAUUGUCCUGAAGGAAUGCAUUGCAUGAUUUCUUCAGAAACUCCUAAAUUACCAACAUCAUUUAAUAAUAUUUUUUUAUCUUUUGGGUAAAUUUUAAGGAUAAUUACAUUAGAUGAUUGGAGUUGGUUAAUGUUUUUUACAAUGAGAAUAUUUCAUCCAUGGAUUUGGAUCUAUUAUUUAAUAAUCAUAUUUUUUUGUGGUUUUUUUUCUAUUAAUUUGGUGAUUGCUGUUUUGAAAAUUCAUUAUUCAGAAGCAACAAUAGAAUGUUAAGAAUUUGAGAAAUUAUCUAAAUAAAAAAAUGAUCAUAGUUUGUAAAGAUAAGAAAUGUUCUUAAGUAAAGAUGUUAUUUCAUAUUUUGAUUUAUCAUUUUUACGUUAUAUUGGUUUUUAUUCUGUAUUAAAAAAACAUAAACAUUUGUUAAAUAUUACAUAACCUUUAAAUGAAUAAAUUGAAGAUAAUUGUAGACCAGAAAAACCAAAUCAAAUAAAUAGAUUGUUAUCAUCAAAAUAAAAAAAGAUUUUAUAUGAAGCACAAAUGGUAUUUGAAUUAAAUAUUUAAUAUAGAAACUUAAUUAAAAUUCAAUUUGGAAUAAGUUUAAGAACUUCUCACUUAAAAAUCUAUUAUUACCAAAGUUUAAGGAACUAAAAAAAGUAUAAGAUUAAGUGAAUAUUAAAUUAUAUUCUGAUGAUCCUAUUGAGAUUUCCAUAUUAUUGAAAUUAAUAGAAUAUAAUUUUACUUAAUUGAACAAUUCUGUAAAUUAUCAUGUGGAUUAGAAAUAUAAUAGUAUAAAAGAUGUCUUUGUUUAGAAGAAAAGGUAUUUAUGAGCUAAUUUACUAGAAUUGGACAUAAAGAAAAAAUUUAGAUGUAUUAUCAACAUUUUUAAUCAUUGAAGAAAGUAAAAUCAAAUAAAAGGUAAUAACAAUUUGAUAAUUCAAUAAAUAAAUAUCCAAUUCAUAAGAGUACUAGAAGAAUUACUAUUUAAAAGACUCUAACUUAAAGAGAUGAAAGUCUUGAUAUGCCUUCUCCUUAAAUAAUAAGAAGAAAUAACGAUAUAUAAUCGACUAUUUAUAUGAGAACAAGGAUUGAAAAUUAAUUACCUUUUGAACAUAUUAAUAAAGGUCAAAGAUACAUUUUAAUUUAAGGAUACUAUAUCAAUUAUAAAUAGAUAUAAGAAAAAAUUAAUAUGAAGAUACCAAAAUUAAAAUAAUAAUUUGUUUCAAAUCAUGAAGUCUAUUAAUAAAUUUUUCAAAGAGAGAGAGAGUAAAAGAUAAUUAAAACUAAAAAUUGGUCAGGAAAUAAUGUAUUGUAAAUGAAUCCAGUUAGGUUUUAGAAAUUUGAAGAAAUAUUUAAUAGUUUGAAUAAUUUCAAUUAUUUAAUAUGGAUGCCAACAAUAGGAGGAAAAUUAUUGAUAAUAAGAAGAUAUACUCUUAUAAUAUUAGAUAAUCAAAUUACUUAAUUAUUUUUUGAUUUGAUAAUAUUAAUAAAUUUCAUUUUCUUAUCUUUGUAUGGAAUAGCUAAUCCAAUAUUUAUAUUAAAAUGUGAAAAUAUUUCAACAUUUUUUUUAUUGAUUGAAAUCAGUUUACAAAUGUUUACUUAUCCAUUACAACGUUUUUUCUCAAAUAAGGAAAACAUGUUAUAAGCUUUAAUAAUGAUUGCAAGUUUUAUAGAGUUUAGUUUUAGUGAGUAUUUGAAUUUAACAGAAUAAUAUUUAAGAUUGAUAAGAGGAACUAAAUGCAUUUUAUUUUAUCGUUGUUUAAAAUAUAAUUAAAUGGCAGUAUUAAUAGGUAAAAUUGCAUCUAUAACAUUUACAUAAUACAUAUAUUUAACUAUAUUUAUGUUCAUAAUUAUCAUAAUAUAUGCAAUGAUUGGAAUGGAUCUUUAUUCAAAUAAGUUUGAUUAAAAUGAUUCCUAUAGUUAAUUACAUUCAUUUGAUGAUUUGAUCAAAGCAAUAAUGACAAUUUUUAAUAUCAUGACAAAUGAUUGGUAUAGAGUGUAUAUAUUAGGAUCAGAGAUAAAUAUUGUUGCUUCUAUGAUAUAUUCAUUUUCAAUGGUUAUAAUAUUGAAUUAUUUAACUUAUGGAUUAGUUUUAGCUAUUUUACUAGAUGGAUUUGGAAGAUAUUUAGAUGAAAAAGUUGAAGUUAAUUAGAGUGAUAAAUAAAUCUUUGAAAAUCAAAUAACUUCUGCAAGAGAUGAGGAAGUAUUACAAACAGAACUAGAUUCUACAAGAAAUCUAUAAGUAAAGUCUGAAUAUUUCUCAUAAGUUCAAAUUUAAGAAUAGGAAGAAAAAGUAUAACCUAAAGUAAAACUUGAAUUGAUGGAAAGCUUCAUAAGAUCUUUAAGUAUAAUAAUAUUAUCAUAUUAGAAUAAUUAAAUAAGUUAAUAAUGUAGUCUAACCCAAAAUUAUUUCAAGAUAUUUAAUGUGAAUCAUCUCUUUAUUUAUUUGAGAAAACAAGUAAAAUCAGAAUUAUUUGUUAUAAUAUUUGUUCAUCAUAAGCUUUUUAUUGGUUUACUAAUUUUAUUUUAAUUUUAUCAAUAAUAGUUAUGAUUAUUCGAACAUACCAUGAUUUUGAAUUUGAGAAAAGUAAUUAUCCAUAAAUUUUAUUAAUGAUUUUAAAUGUAUUUAUGUUAAUGGAAGAUAUAAUUUGUAUAAUUGCAAAGGGUUUAUUUAUGGAUAAAGGGUCACAUAUAAAUUAUACAUGGCAAAUUAUUGAUUUAAUUUAUUUGAUUGGUUUCUUUAUUGGUAGUUAUAAUCAAAAUCAACUUAUUAAUAUUUGUUUAUUUCUUGGUCAUUUUAGACCAAUGAAAUUAAUGUAUAGAAUUAAAUGGUUAGACAAAAUAAGAGCUGCUUUAGCUUAAUCCCUUUUAGAUAUGUUAAAGAUAUUAUUAACUCUCAUUUCAGUAUGGAUUAUGUUUGGAGUAUUUGGUAUCAUUUUGUAUGAAAGUCAAUUUGGAUAUUGUGAUGAUAAAUUAUCAUAUGAUAUAAAUAAAUAAGAAUGUGAAUAAUCUUAAAGAUAAUGGAUUAAUUUUAAAUUUAACUUUGAUAAUAUUACUAUUGCAUUACCAACAUUAUUUGUAAUAUCAACUUUUGAUGGUUGGGGAGAAAUUCUGUAAGUAGCUGAAAACAGUAGACAUAGUAGAUAUGGACCAUCUCCAUAUGCUAAUUACAUAUCUACUUAUGCAUAUUUCAUCUCAUUUUGUUUUGUAGGAUCAAUGUUUUUUUUAAGUUUCUUUACUGGAACUCUUUAUUCUAAAUUGAGAUUCAAUCAACACAAGAUUGAAAAGUAGGAUGCAACAAAAUUUUAAAGAGAGUUUAAAGAGCUUUCUCCAAUUAUUCUUAAAGAUACUCCUGUUUUUUCAACACCACCAACUAAGACAAUAAGAAGAUUUGCUUCUUUUAUUGUAAAUAAUUCUCUUUUUUAAAAAUUUAUGUUUCUAAUUUUGUUAAUAGAUUUAAUCUGUCAAUUAUAAUAUCAUCAUGAUAUGGAUGUUGAAUAUAUGAGAAAAAUAAACAUCAUUUAAAGAUUCAUUAUAUUGUUUUAUUUAUUAUGGAUUACAUUAUUAUUUAUCUCAUUAGGUAUUAAUAGAUAUUUUGAUAAUAAUUGGAGAAGAUAUUAUAUAUUUUUAAUAAUUAUAUCUUUAUGUGAUUUAAUAGCAGAUUUAUAGAAUGAUUGGGUAAUCCAUCAUUUUCAAUCUAAUGUAUAUACUUCAUAUUAUUAACUAUUAAGAUUAGCUUUUAUGACUAGAUAAUUACGUCUUCUAGUCAUAUUUUAAGGAUUGACAAAUUUAUCAAGAUUAAUAAGAGUAAUGGGGUUUGCUUUACCAUUUUUAGCUAAACUUAUAUCCAUUCUAAUUAUUACCAUGAUCAUAUAUGCAUUGAUUGGAUGUUAAUUAUUUGGUAAAAUUAAUAAAGGAGCAGUUAUUGAUGAUUAUAUAAAUUUUACUAAUUUUGAAUAUGCUUUAUUGGCACUUUAUAAAUGUGCAUCAGGAGAUGAUUUCAAAACUAUUAUGACAGAUACUAUGCAUCAUAAUCCAUAUUGUAUAGAAAAUUCUGAUUAUUGUGGUUCAGUAUUUAAUUAAUUAUAUUUCAUAACAUUUAUCUUAUUUUCAAAUUAUGUUCUUUUGAAUUUAUUUAUAUUAGGUUUAAUUGAAUAAUUUGAAGAAUUUUUCUAAGUCUAAAAUUCAAUGAUUUAAACAUAUGUUGAAGAAAUUGAUAAAAUAAAAACAGCUUGGUGUAAAUAUUCAGCUGAAACUAAUGGUUAAAGUAUGCAUUAUAAAUUUCUUUGUCGUUUUUUACUUGAUAUUGGAUAACCAUUAGGUGGAGGAAAAGAUGAUAAUUUAUGGGAUGCAGCCAAAUUAUCAUCUAAAUUGAAUUUGAGAUGGUAUACUUUUAUAAUUAAUUAGUGAUGCUUAUGGAUAUAUUCAAUAUAAUUAAUUACUAUAUUAACUAUUUAGACGUUGUUAUCAUGAUGAAAUAUUUAAAGAUGGAUCCUAAGAAUCUAUUUAAAAUAUGAAGUAAUUUAAUAAAGAAAUGCAAAUUCGAUUACUAUAUUAUAGAAGAAAUAAAAGUUAAUAAAGAAGUAAUAUAUGUCAACAUAAUCUAUAAUUUAAAUCUAAUUUCAAUAUUCUUCAUGAUUAUUUGAAUGUUUUGAUCUUUUUUAAAACUUGGUAAUCUUAUUCAAAAUUAUUGGUUCAAAAGAUAAUAAGAAGACAAGAUAAUUAUACAGAAAGUGAUGAAAUAACAUUAGAUGGGAAUUUAUAGAAUAAUUUUUAAUAGUAUUAAAUAAUAUUUAAUAGAUAGUUGGUAAUAAGUGUAGAGUGAUUUUAUAAAUGAUGGAUUGUUCAGUUCAAAGAGAAGAACAACAGACAUUAAAUUAUCUUAAGAUUAAUUUUCAGGUCAUUAAGUCACACCUUAAAGUACUGAAACAUAAGGAGAACCUUAAUUACCUGUAUAUUAAACUAUAAUGUAAUAAGAAACAGAUAGGAUAUUUGGAGGAUUCGAUGAAAAUGUUGUUUUAGAUUAUAAAGAUUUUAAAUUUAGAAAUUGA